CUAAUUGCCCUCUUCCACUUACACCUGCACCCUCACAUAAUUCCCAACCCAUUCAAGUCAACUCCACGUAUAACCUCUUAUCUAGAAGUAAAUGGGAAGAGAUGGAAAGGAUGGGGUGGGAAAGAGUGGUCCUGGAGAAACCCAUCCCUCUCAAACUUUUCUUUGGCAUCCGAAAUACCCCGACCAUUUCCUUCCUUCUGGUAUUCCCAUUCGCCACAGGGAUUGCUAAAACAAGUAGAACUAGCAAAGGAGGCAUCAACUUCACAAGGAAUGCAACAAGCAGGAGAAUCAUCGAAGCAAAAGGGAAUAGCUGAAUAAAAGUUGUAUUAUGAAUAGCUAAAAUGGGUGAAGGCCAUGGGACGAAGCAAGUUAGAGUUUGACAUCGAUGAGGUGAGUGGAAGGCUGAACUCUCCACAAUGUUUUCUACUGGAAAUUUGAAGAUGGGUUUUUCCCAGAAAAAAAUAUGAACCAAGAGUUUGAGGAUUUUGGUAAAUAGUUGACGAUGUGCAUACAUUUUUAUGGGUUUUAAAUGGAGAAAAGCAGUUGGGUGUUACACCGCA